AUGGCGACCAGGUUACUGAGGCCGCAGUUAUUGCGGUCCUCCCAAGCUGCCUUUGAGUGCGCUCUCUGCGCACAACGCCGGACGAGUCAAUUCUCCCGAAUACGCCUACAGAGUAGCAUACGACAACCCCUCUCUAGGUCAUAUGCCACUAUCAAUCCGGGAGAUCCAAAGCCGCCGGAAAAGGAUCCGGAGAAGAAGGACAAAAGCGACAAGAAUUCUUCCGGCUCUUCAGAAAAGGGAACAGAAUCGACCAAAUCACAAAAUGGAGGCGCGGAGUCGCAAGAGGCGUCAAAACAAGAUUUUGUGCAUCUCAGUGAGGAGGAAACCAAGCAGAUCCAAGAUCUCGCAAACAUGAUGAAAAUGGGCCUGCCGAAAUCCCAGGCUGCCGCCAUCGACGAAGCUGUCGAGCUCAUGAAGAAGGGCGGAGUACCCAAGGAGAUCCAAGAAGUCCUCGAGGCUCGUAGAAAAGAUCCAAAACAUCACAUAUCUCUGGCAACAGUAGUUCGGUUGGUGUCGGUCUUCACAAAAAUGUCCCGGAUGACUCCCGAGGAGGUUCGAGAAAAGUAUGGUGUGAAUGCACGUUCUGAUAAGUCAGAGUCGUCUGAGGAGACGCCUCUUUUCGAGCAAUCCAACAAGAACCAGGAUGGCAAGCAGAAACGCAAGCAAAAUGAUGGACAACAAAAGGAUCCAAAAGGAACAAAAUUCGAGCUCAGGCUCGACGCCGGUACUGCUAUCAUGGCCGCUUUUCUGAGCUAUUAUACCUAUCGCAGCCUGUUCCCCGGAGAGAAUUCAAGGGACAUUACAUGGCAGGAGUUCCGCACGACGUUCUUCGACAAGGGUCUCGUGGACAAACUGACAGUCAUCAAUCGCAAUCGCGUCAGAGUUGAGCUUCAUCGCUCGGCCGUGGCGAACAUAUACCCCGAUUCUCCCGCAGCUAGGCCCAACUUCUACUACUACUUCAACAUUGGGUCUGUCGAGGCUUUCGAGAGAAAAUUGGAUGAGGCGCAUCAAGAGCUCGGCAUUCCUAGUUCCGAGAGAAUCCCCGUAGCCUAUUCUGACGAGGUGCCUCUGAGUGCUGCUCUCUUCUCCUUUGGUCCUACCAUCCUCUUUAUUGGCGCCCUCUUUUGGCUAUCAAGAAGAGCAGCGUCCGGAGCUGGGGGAAAUAGUGGCAUCUUCGGCAUUGGCAAAUCUCGGGCUAAGCGCUUCAAUCAUGAAACCGACGUUAAAACAAAAUUCGCCGAUGUUGCUGGCAUGGAUGAGGCCAAGCUCGAAAUCAUGGAAUUUGUGUCGUUCUUGAAAGACCCUUCAAGGUAUCAAAAACUGGGUGCUAAGAUCCCCCGAGGUGCUAUCCUAUCCGGUCCUCCGGGUACCGGUAAGACUUUACUUGCCAAGGCAACGGCAGGCGAGUCCGGUGUACCUUUCUAUUCAGUUUCCGGUUCCGAGUUCGUGGAAAUGUUCGUCGGUGUAGGUCCCUCUCGUGUACGAGAUCUUUUCUCGAACGCCAGAAAGAAUGCCCCUUGUAUUAUCUUCAUCGACGAAAUCGAUGCGAUUGGAAAAUCAAGGGCGAAAUCGAAUUUUGGUGGUGGCAACGACGAGCGAGAAUCCACCCUCAACCAGAUUUUGACAGAAAUGGAUGGCUUCAAUACUUCAGAACAAGUGGUGGUCUUGGCCGGCACGAACAGACCCGACGUCCUGGACAAGGCUUUGAUGCGUCCAGGUCGUUUUGAUAGACAUAUCGCCAUCGAUCGACCAACCAUGGACGGCCGAAAGCAGAUCUUCCAAGUCCAUCUCAAAAAGAUCGUGACUAAAGUCGACUUGGAGUAUCUGACCGGUCGACUGUCAGCUUUGACACCUGGUUUCUCGGGUGCCGACAUUGCCAACUGUGUCAACGAGGCUGCAUUGAUUGCUGCUCGUGCAAAUGCCCCAUCGGUGGAGAUGGACCAUUUCGAACAAGCUAUCGAGCGUGUCAUCGGUGGUCUCGAGAAGAAAUCUUUGGUCCUCUCACCCGAAGAGAAGAAAACAGUCGCUUACCAUGAGGCUGGCCACGCUAUUUGCGGCUGGUUCUUCAAGUAUGCUGAUCCUCUACUCAAGGUUUCGAUCAUCCCACGUGGCCAAGGUGCUCUCGGUUACGCCCAAUACCUCCCUGCAGGUGGUAACGAUGUGUAUUUGAUGAGCGUCAAGCAACUCAUGGAUCGUAUGGCCAUGACACUCGGCGGUCGAGUCAGUGAAGAAAUCUGGUUCGAUACCGUGACGAGCGGAGCCUCUGACGACUUCAACAAGGUUACGCGGAUGGCCACGGCGAUGGUGACUGAGUGGGGCAUGUCCUCAAAGAUUGGAUACCUUCACUACAAGGACGACGAACAGAGACUACACAAGCCUUUCUCGGAGGAGACCGCGCGGCAAAUCGACCUGGAAGUCCGCAGGAUCGUCGACGAUGCAUACAAACAGUGCAAGGAUCUUCUGUUAGAGAAGAAAGAACAACUCCAGGCGGUCGCGGAAGAACUGUUGAAAAAGGAGGUGCUUGUGAGGGACGACCUGGUCAGAAUUCUUGGGCCCAGACCGUUCGAGGACCAGGGUGAUUUCCACAAGUACUUUGACAACAGAGGGGGGAAGAGCGCACCACCGCCGCCACCAACCGAACAAGAAGGCCCGGCUGCAGACGAGCCUUUGCCUGGAACUCCUGCACCUGCGUUCAAGCGCAUUGAUCGACCCGACUCCCACAUGUUCUGA